AUGCUGGCGUGCGCGCUGGCGUGGCGCGCUGGCGUGCGCGUUGGCAUGCGCGUUGGCGUGCGCGCUGGCGGGCGCGCUGGCGUGCGCGCUGGCGUGGCGCGCUGGCGUGCGCGCUGGCGUGCGCGCAGGCGUGUGCGCUGGCGUGGCGCGCUGGCGUGGCGCGCUGGUGUGCGUGCUGGCGUGGCGCGCUGGCGGGCGCGCUGGCGUGGCGCGCUGGCGUGCGCGCUGGCGUGCGCGCUGGCGUGGCGCGCUGGCGGGCGCGCUGGCGUGGCGCGCUGGCGUGGCGCGCUGGCGUGCGCGCUGGCGUGGCGCGCUGGCGUGCGCGCUGGCGUGCGCGCUGGCGGGCGCGAUGUCGCGCGCGCUGGCGGGCGCGCUGGCGUGCGCGCUGGCGUGGCGCGCUGGCGUGCGCGCUGGCGUGCGCGCAGGCGUGUGCGCUGGCGUGGCGCGCUGGCGUGCGCGCUGGCGGGUGCACUGGCGUGGCGCGCUGGUGUGCGCGCUGGCGUGCGCGCUGGCUAG